AUGACCGUUCCUGAUUUCAACGCUGUUCGUCCCGGGGUAGCAUUGGCCCCGAGGACUGACACACUGCACACAGCCACGAACACAUUCUUUGAUCAUACUACCGAUACACAAGAUAAUACACCCUGCAAGUCCCGCUUACCCAUCAUGAAUUUUGAAGCAACAGGAAACUCUGGUGUUGCAACAACCAACUCGGAAACUGUCCCCAGCGAACCGCUGAACUUCACGGCGCGUGAUAUUGCACAGGAGAGUGCACAGGAGGAUCCAAGCAAGAAGAACCCGUCCUCGUGGGACCCGAUGGACGAUAUUUUGCUGAGACACCUGAAAGAGGUUAAGAAGAUGGGCUGGAAAGAAAUCGCACAGUACUUCGUAAACAGGACUCCGAACGCGUGCCAGUUCAGGUGGAGGAGGCUCAAAUCAGGGAAUUUGAAGUCCAACAGAACCGCGCUCGUAGAUGUAACUGAAUUUCCAGGUGAAAUUAAGAUUCUCAACCCGAUGGCAAACGUGGCCUCAGACUCGGAUAGCACUCCCACUGUCAGCAACAGAAAGAGGAAAACAACAACUACAAAAAAGACUGGCCCCGUUCAGACAGAUAAAUAUGCCCUGCCAUCGGUCCCAGGGGGGAACAACGGGUUUAUGCCACCAGUCGCGAACGCUGCAAACAGUCAGCAGUUUACACCUCUGGCGCCACUAAAUCCACAAACUAUCCCUACUGAUGGGUACCCAAUGUGUGUGCCCGGCCACUACAAUCUGCCAGCUUCACAGGUGCAAAGCUUCUUUUCCCCAAGAAACUCAGUGGUUAUGGCACCGGGUCCUGAGGAAUCUCAAUCCUUCGCUAAACCAAGGUCAUAUUCCCACUCUACUGUAAAACCACUGCAUUCGUUCCCCAUGAACCAUGUGCCCAAUCACAUCAAUACGACGGGUAUUGUAGAAGCUGAAGGGGAUAAUGUGGGCUACGUACCAAAGGUGUUCGUCAAAUCCAGACGUGCAUCCGCGAUACCGCCUGUAAUCACUCCAGAAAGCUCGAUGCUGUCCAGCCAGUCGUUCACCAACGCCUUGAACACCACUCUGAACAGCACUAAAUCCAGGAAAAACUCCGUUGUCAAUGGCUGGUCCAGAAGAUCCUCAUUCAACGUAAACAGCUCCACCUCUUCAAGAAGAUCCUCCAUUAUUAUUGCUCCGAACUCACUGUCCAACUCGUUCAGCAACGGACAACUGCAUAAACCUUCCUCUAAGCAAAGAAGGGAGUCGGUAAUCAAACCGCACAAACAAACAGCACCAAACAUGAGCAGUCAUAACUUGUUCCCAAACUCGUACAGUUUUGUUGACAUGCCAGAUAGAGUCCAGGGACAAACACAAGCAGCCUCAUGGUCUAUCGAGGAGGACCAACUCCUACAGGAGAAUAGGACGAGAAACUUGUCACUUUCCGAAUUGUCCGUGUUGCUGCCAAAGAGGUCCGACAUGGAUAUACAAUUCAGAAUCAACGUUUUGAAAUCCCAGGAGGCCGUUUCCUCAUCUUCCAACUCUCCAAGCCCACCAAGUACAGCCCAGCAACAUCAAAAGACGCCACUGCAUCAGUCAGAAUACCUCUCGCCAAGCCAAUCACCAAGGAGAUCGCUUAUCUUGGAUCAUGCAGCUGACAACGCAAUAGAUGACGACGAAGAGACCGUGUUUGAAGUCGAUGAGGAUUACCGACGGAAGACAUGCGACCUAUCAACGAACAGGUCUGCAUCGUCGCAAUCGUCCAAGGAUAUUUCACCAACAACAUUUUCGAACGAAGAUACGAAUUCCGUGUCCAGUACCGUGACAAGCCAGGGGGGGAAUGUCAAAAUCCAGGAUUAUUCGCAUAUUAUCGGUGCUCCCAGAAGAAGUAUGCACGAAAAUAACCACAACAUGCAACUACCGAGCAUCAACACGAUAUUGCAAUCAAUGCGCUGA